AUGCAACUGAAAAACAAUGAAAGAGAUGGAAAUCAAACAGAGCCCAUAAUAUUUAUCCUCUUGGACUUUAAUAAUGAAGAUCUGUGGGUUUUAUUUUCCAUACUGUUUCUGCCUGUUUACCUUGUGACCAUGGCUGGGAACAUCCUCAUUGUUAUACUAGUAGUCCUCGAUCAGCAUCUUCACACACCCAUGUAUUUCUUUCUGGGAAACCUGUCCUGCUUGGAGACCUGCUACAGCUCAACCAUCAUGCCAAGAAUGCUGGUCAGUUUUCUUUCUGGGGACAGAUCCAUUUCUGUUCAUGGAUGCUUUGCUCAGCUGUAUUUCUUUGGGUUUCUUGCUGCUACAGAAUGUUACUUUCUAGCAGUGAUGUCUUAUGAUCGUUACUUAGCAAUUUGCAGGCCACUGCAUUACGUGAUGCUCAUGGAUGGCAGAAUUUGCAUCAUGCUCAUUGCUGGGUCUUGGAUCAGUGGUUCAUUGGGUAUCAGCAUCAUAAUAUUUUUGGUAUCUCAGUUGAAAUUCUGUGGGCCCAACAAAAUCAAUCAUUUUUUCUGUGAUUUAACACCUGUGAUAAGACUCUCUUGUGACAAGACUGAUUUAGUGGAAAUGACAGCUUUCAUCAUCUCCUCUAUAGGCACUCUUCCACCUCUUCUAAUCACCAUAUCAUCUUAUGUUGGCAUCAUCAAAAACAUUAUAAGAAUCCCAUCUACCACUGGUAAACAAAAGGCAUUCUCUACAUGCUCCUCUCACCUGACUGUGGUUGCUUGCUUCUAUGGUUCGCUGAUGAUAGUCUAUGUUUUACCAAAUAUGAGUUCCUUGAGUGAAUUGAAAAAACUUUUUUCUCUGUUCUACACCCUUCUCACCCCACUGGUCAACCCCAUUAUAUAUAGUUUGAGGAACAAAGAGGUAAAGGAUGCAGCAAAGAAAACUUUCAAGCUGCUUCAGAGAGCUCACUAA